UCACAUCCACGAUCAUCAGUUAGAUCAGCCUCAACAUUCAAGAACCAAAAAUAUCAACACCCCUUACAACUUCAGCCCUCCAUUACCAAAAACCCCAACACUAAGCUGCCUACUUCCCAGAAUCACUGUUGGAAAAUGUCAGUUGCUUUACUUGAGAAUAGCUUCCUCUCAAACCCUCUUACUUCAACCUUCAGAUCCCAAAGAAGAACUCUUCCAGCUCUUGUGAAACAUGUUUCCGUAUCUUGCAGGCACAGCCCAGAUGAAGAUAGUGAGUCUUCAAGGAGAAGUGAAAAUCAGUUGGCAAAAGUGGCGCUGGUUGCAAUUGCAGCUGGGGUUUUGACACUGGGCUCUGUUGAUCCUGCUGCAGCUGCCAAGACUGGUGGCAGGGUUGGUGGCCAGGCUUUCCGGUCAUCGGCGCCACGGUCUUCUGGCCCCAGAAUCAACAAUUCGAGGACCAAUGUGUUUAUCAACCCACCCGUUGCCCCUCCUCUAGUUGGUGGAUAUGGAUUUGGGGUGCCGUUUUAUGGUGGAUGGGGUUGGUCUCCCUUCUCCUUUUUCGCCCCAGGUCCUAGUGUGGCGAUAGGCAUUGGAGGUGGAUUUGAUCUCUUUCUUCUAUUUAUUGUUCUGGGUGCAGUUUCUGCCGUUGUUAGGAAAUUCUUCGGAUCAAGGGACGAUUAUGAUGAAUACUAGAACAAAACUUAGCAGCAGAAACUGCUGAACUGAAAGAUACUGAUUCGGGACAGCAAUUGAGUUGUAUGUGUUUAUACAUGAUUGUUGUAUAUUGCACAAUGGUGGAGUACUAAGACUACAUAUACUGAUAUAUAACCGUAGGCAUUGUAUUUUAGACGACCAA